CGAUAAAGUUUGCCCUUUCCUCCUUCACUCCACUUCACGUCCUCUAAAUACGCUGUUGUACUCCUACAAUCCUUCUGGCUGGAGCAUUUUUUUUGCAGAAUUUCGGAAUUUCGAAAACUUACAAGGUUUUUUUUCUAAUUGAGAAUGGGUGGAACUCGGGUUUACAUUGGUGGGCUUCCCUACGGGGUAAGGGAGAAGGAUCUGGAGAGGUUCUUCAAGGGCUACGGCAGAAUUAGGGACAUCCUCAUCAAAAAUGGAUACGGAUUUGUGGAGUUUGAUGACUACAGGGAUGCUGAUGAUGCGGUCUACGAGCUGAAUGGAAAAGAUUUGCUGGGAGAAAGAGUGAUUGUCGAGCGUGCCCGAGGAGUGCCCAGGGAUGGACGUGGAGGAGGUGGGGGCGGCAGAAGCAGCGGCGGAGGUCGCAGCAGUGGUGAUCGUGGUCGAGGAGGACCUCCUCGUGGAUCGGAUAAUCGCGAUGACGGUAACAACACAAGCAGAUAUGGUCCCCCCACUCGUACCGAGUACCGCCUCAUCGUCGAGAACUUGUCGAGUCGAGUAUCGUGGCAGGAUUUGAAAGACUACAUGCGCCAAGCUGGCGAGGUCACCUAUGCUGAUGCCCACAAACAGCGACGAAAUGAAGGAGUUGUGGAAUUUGCUAGUGGUUCGGACAUGAAAGCUGCUAUGGACAAGCUUGAUGACACGGAUUUGAAUGGACGGCGUAUUCGCCUGGUUGAAGACCGAGGACGCGGCGGUGGAAGAUCAAAGAGAAGUCGCAGCUCCAGCCAUUCGCGCUCUCGUUCCCGGUCACGCUCACGUCGUCGCGAGUCUCGAUCUAGGUCAAAGAGCAAGUCGAAGUCCAGAAGCAAGAGCCGCUCAAAGUCCCGUUCUAAGUCUCGUGACUCUCGAGAUAAAUCCAAGUCCCCAGUCACGAAGAAGAAGGAGUCUUCAAGAUCCAAAUCUCGGUCCCACAGUCGGUCUAAAUCAAGGGAUAAGAGCCGAUCAAGGAGUCCCAGUAAAGACCGUGCAGAGUCGAGGUCUAGAAGUCGUUCAAAGUCCCUCGAAAAGAACGGAGACCGCUCUCCAGAUGCUGAGGCCGACCGAGCUAGCAAUGAUGACUAGAAAAAAUAAGGUUUGUUUUGUCGUUAGAGUAAGUAGAUUUAUUUCUAUUACUGACAAAUGAAAUGUUGGCAUUUCUUUUAUUUUAUAAACGUCGAGUUGGUUAACUCUACUCUAAGUUCACUAACUAGGUUCAUAAUUAUGAAUACAAACUAUACUGUUAAAUGUAAUAGUGAGUAGUCUUUACCUAUAAAUGAUCUUUCAUUCAAAAAAGUUAAGUCCACUUCAUUGCUGUCUAUUGGUCUAACAAUUCAAACAAACAUAUAUACUUAUAUCUAUAUAAUCAUAAUGAUAGGUUAGUACGGCUUCAUUCCUGUCCUAUUAAUACAGAGGACAUUUACGUUAUUAAUCAAUUAACAAUUUACCUUACACUUUAUAAUGUUGUCCAAAUAAUACAAAUAAAUAUCACGAUUUUCUUGUUCAGAGUUGAUUAAAUUUGGUUGUUUUGUUUUAAACGAUUGAUUCUAGAAAUAAAUGAAGCUCGCGGCUGAAAUAGUUUUAUAAUAUCUUUAGUUAAUCAAUAAAUUGAUGAAUUGUUGUCUAUU